UAAAUACAAUCUCACUCAAUCAUAAUUAAUUUUUUUAUCUUUUCAGUUUCUAAUAAUAUGUAAUAUUUUUUUACUAAUAUUAAUUUUGACGGAUUUGUUUGUACAUAAUAAAAGGUGUUUUUACCACACUAGCUCGUAAAGGCUCGCUUGAUUGUUCAAAAACUGAUGCGAAAGUUGCAUUUUAUCCACAAGAGUGGCAAAGUAAUUUGAUGCAAAUUUUGAGUUAUUUACUCAUGUUGGCUUGUAAAUUUGAUAAAUAUUUAAUAACGUUCAUUUGGAUUUGAUUGGGUUUGAUUUUGUUUAAUGUUUUACAGUUAAGAUUUUCUUCGAGGUGGUAUGGUGAAAAUUUUUGUGUUUUUCUCGGUCCCAAAAUUUCGCAACCGCAAAAACGAUCGCACCGCUCAAGAUUGCACUUUUUGAACCACUCGCUACGCUCGUCCCAUCCAAUUUUGGUAUGUGCAUCAAUAUUAGCAUUAGCGGUUAAACAACAACUUUGCCCCCAUGUUAAACUAAUAAUUAAUACGAACAUAGCUAAUAAAUGAAAUGUCUAUGAAUAUGAAACUAUCAAAUAUUUAUUGCAUUAUUUAUAUGAUUGCGACUGAUUUGUAACCUUUGUUAGUAAAGUAUCGUUCAAUUCGAUCCUGUUUCAUGACAGUUACAUUACGGUUGCUCGAGUAAGCUCCAUUUCCCAUGCGAAUCAUUCACUUGUACUGAUUUGUAUUGUAAUCCUCAAAGGGAAUCAGUAGGCUGCACUGACUUGAGUUGUAAUAGGUAUAACAAGACAUAUUACUUACAUUGAAAUCUUAACACUCUGUCUCCCCCUAUAAACAUCCAACGAACCUCAAAUAGUUAUUAUUUGUUUUUCUUUUUUUGUCACUUAGAUAAUUACUUAUGUGUUUGCUAAAGUUUUAUAAAGGGGUUAAUACGAAUUCAAAUAGGCAACAUUGUUUAUUUCGAUGUUAUAUCUAAACAGUGGCCGCGGGCACGGGAGAAGGGUGUGUCAGGAUGAGCAGGCGCGUGGGGCGGUGCGCGAGCGCUUGCGCGCGGCGGCGGCGGGAGGCGUGACGCGCAGGUGCGGCGCGUCCCGUCCGCGCCCGCGCCCGUCCCGCGCCCGCCCCGUGCGCGUGAUGCGAGCGGACCGCGCCGCGCUUCACGCGUGGCUCGUCUGCUGCGCGGCUGCGCUCUCCCCUCACAAGUACAGCACGCGCGUCGUGAGGACUAAGUAUGGCCCUCUGCGGGGAAUCGUCGUGCACUCGCAUCCGCAGGUCGAAGCUUAUCUUGGAGUGCCAUAUGCCACACCACCACUUGGCAGCCUCAGAUACAUGCCGCCGGUGACCCCAUCCCAGUGGCGCACGACUCGGCUGGCGGAUGCGUCGGGUCCGGCGUGCCCGCAGGUGCCGCCCGCCGCGGCGCCGCGCGAGGAGGCGCUGCUGCUGCACCCGCGCGCGCGCAUCCGGCAGCUCGAGCGCCUGCUGCCACUGCUGGCCAAUCAGAGCGAAGAUUGUCUCUACGUCAACAUUUAUGUUCCUGUGAAUGGUGAAGGCGAGGGCGAGGGUGGAGGGCUGCCGUGCCUGGUAUUCGUCCACGGGGAGUCAUACGAGUGGAGCUCAGGCAGCGCCUACGACGGAACCACGUUGGCGGCGCACGGCAACAUCAUUGUAGUCACUAUCAACUUUAGGUUAGGUGUAUUGGGUUUUUUAAAGACUGGUGCUAAGGGGUCGGCGCAAGGUAACUUCGGGCUGAUGGACCUAGUGGCGGGCCUGCAUUGGCUGCGCGAGAACCUACCUGCGUUCGGUGGAGACCCGGAGCGGGUGACCCUCAUGGGCCACGGGACGGGUGCGGCGCUCGCCAACUUCCUCGCAGUCUCGCCUGUAGCUCGAGAGCUACUGAAGCGUGUCAUCUUGUUAAGCGGGUCGGGACUCAGCUCAUGGGCAUUGCAGAGAGAGCCACUUACGAUAAAAAGAAAGGUGGCGGAGCAAACGGGAUGCCACGGCGACCUGCAGGAGGACGACCUCGCGCCGUGCCUGCGAAACAAGCCGCUGGCCGAGCUGCUCGCCGUGCGGCUCGAUCCGCCGCGCUUCCUGCCCGGCUUCGCACCGUUCGUUGAUGGCACUGUUAUAGUCAAUCCGUCUUCCGCCCCUCCGCCCACCGACAGUACACGACUCGGCGCCGGCGCCGCCGCGGUGGCGUCCGCCGCCGGCCACGAGCUCGCUGACUUUCCGCAUAGGGAACUACUGUUCGGCCUCACCACUACUGAAUCUUACCUGGAAUUCAACGCUCAAGACUUGGAGUUCGGUUUCAACGAAAGCCGCCGGGACCGCAUUCUGCGCACAUUCGUUAGGAACGCUUACUACUACCACCUUAACGAAAUAUAUUCCACCCUAAAGAAUGAGUACACGGAUUGGGAUAAACCUUUGCAAAACCCGCUCAGCGUCCGCGACGCUACGCUUGAGGUGCUUAGCGACGGGCGAACGGCGGCCCCACUUAUCAGGUUAGGGUACCUGCACGCUCUCCGCGGUGGAACCACUUAUUUUUCACACUUUCACCACCUCUCGCCCGAUAAGGAUUAUCCACAGCGUCCUGGUUCAGUGCACGGCGAGGAACUGCCUUACUACUUGGGUGUUCCACUGUCCUUGGCUCAUCACGCACAGAACUACACUCAACAGGAACAGCGAGUUUCUCGUUUAUGCAUGCACUACAUCACCAACUUCGUUAAAUACGGUAAUCCGAACGAUCCUUCUGCGACGCCGCCACCUAGCCCACUGUUGGGCGAGGCACCAAGACUUGGCCCCAACCAGACACCGUACUGGGACACUUAUGACACCAUCAACCAGCUCUACCUGGAGAUCAGUAGUAAGCCUGAAAUGCGCAGCCAUUACCGGGGCCACAAGAUGUCGCUCUGGCUGUCCCUCAUCCCGCAACUGCACCGCCCCGGGCCCGACAUGCCGGAUGCCGCCAUGCGGCAUCAUCAUUUUCAGGAAGACCCUAAUUAUUACGAAGGCGCUGUAAGAGUGCAGUCUCUGUCUAGAACACAUGUGCCGCAUGUCGUAAAUCUGGACGGAGCUGGACGUAGUGACGGCGGCCGCAGCACACAAUCGCCGCGCACGGUGCCUCCGCGGCCCUCCGUCCUCCCACCCGCACCCUCCACUGAGUGCCCUCCUAAUGUCACGACGACACCUGUCCAAACUGACGACGCUCUCUUGCGGCGACUCGCUUCUUCUCAUUAUCAGUCUUAUACUGCCGCUCUGACCGUCACAAUCGCAGUCGGGUGUUUCCUUCUACUUCUCAACGUCCUUAUAUUCGCUGGCAUAUAUCACCAGAGAGGUUCGCGUCCCCGGCGAUCGAAAGAUGAUUUGGCUGAAGCGGGAAGCUCAUCAUCUUCCGACAAUUAUGAUGGAAAACUCGACUAUGAUGUGCGCGCAUUUGAUGGAAAGGGUUUCGGUUUCGAGUGUAAAUCUGCUCACGUACCACGGGCUACUGGGUCUAAGUUUGACCUGCGGACGUUAUCAGACUGCGGUGAGCCUACGUUUGGUGAAUACAGUUGCUACGACGAGAAACAUAGGGCGGCGCGUCGGUCGUUACCGGAUGUGAGUGUGGGUAGUGCGAUUGAAGCCGGUAGUGUAGUGUGUAUCGGUAUAGACACACAGAAACCUGAUAUUCAAAAAGUGGAUGGAAGACAAGAUCUUAUAGGUAGAACUAGCACUUUUGAACCUAGAGUAGUUGAUAGUUCUACACAAGUGAAAUUCGGUCCAGUACCCGACCCGUCGGAAGGGGCAUGCGAGUCCAACCCCGAGUCGGAUUCUGGCGGUGCGAGCGGCUCGGGGAUCCUGCGCGUUCCGCCAGCCCCCACGACUCCCGCGCCGCCCGGCAUCAUGAAGAAAAGAGUACAGAUUCAAGAGAUAUCAGUAUAAGGGUUCCUUGAUGUCGCUGAGAUUGUAGUUAAUAAAAGGACUAAAUUAUAACGAAUUCACGACCACUUCACGUGUAUAUUAGAGUACUGAAAUGUGGCAGAGAGUAAAGAAAUAUUGUAUAUAUUAUUGUAAUACAGUAUAUUAGAUAAAUAAUAAAUGUGCGUACAGCGAAAUGGAGUUAGAGGAAUACAUGUAAUUUUCUCUGCCUUAUGUGAAUCUGCGGCUGUAAAUAUGUAAGUAAAACUUCUUCUCUCUUCCGCUCUACUUGCUAUCGUAUAGAAGGUGUGGGAAUAGGUUAACAGUCAGAGUAGCUAGUCAUAGUCAUUAAUCACAAAAAAUCAAGCUAAUAUAAUUUGACUGCUACUGCACUGGGACUGUUAUGUUAUUUCUACCCUUUAUAUAUAGAUUGAAGGAAUUGUAGGUUUUUGUGAACGUAUUUGUAUGUAAAGUUAUAAAAUUUACAUGUGAAUAUAACAAUAACUUAGUAAUGAAGUGAUCUAAAUACUUACAUUUGUACAUAUGGAUACAAAAAUUAUUUCGAUUAGUAUAGUAUAAAUUUGAAUGUUGUAAUUUUUUGUAAAGUUACUUUAAGUGACUAUUACUUUGAGUAGUUUUUGAUAAGUAACAAUUGAAAAUUUAAAUGACAAACGGGUAAGUACUCAGAAGCGCUAAUCAAGUUAACUAAACCAUUGUUGACGCGAGGACUGUUCAUCUUAUUUAAACAAAACAAUGACUUAAAGGUAAACAGGGUAAAAGACCAUUCUUAUAGGGUAAAACACCCCCAUCUGAUAAUAUUUACAUAUACAAGAUGAAAAUGCCUAAAAAGAGUAGUUGUAUUAUAAUAAUUCCCAACGUAAUUGAUUGACAUCCAUGAUUGAUCUAUAGCAAGAUUAGUAACCUGUUGAACUGACGGAUUAAUUAAGUUCCAUAAUUAUAUCAGAAUCGCUGGUCUCACCCUAGACAAGAUACCUAGUAUAAUUAAUACACAAAACUAUCACCUAUCAUAAACACAUAUUUUCUGUGUUCGGUAUUGUUUUAUUUACGACCUUGUUUAAUUAUACUCUUAAAUUAAAUAUUUAGAAAUAAGACUUCUCUCAUGAAACUAUUUCUGAUACAUAACAGUCAGUUACGGAUAUAUUCUAAAAUUCGACAGGAAUUCCAUAUAAUCAUAUGAAAAUUAAAUAAUUAACAAACAGAUAAUAAGAAAUAAUUAUUAACGUAAACAGAGAAAUAUGUAUGUACACUAUUACACAUUAUUAUUAAAUAUAAUAGGACUUUUGUAUUAAAUCGCAAAUAAAUAAGCUUAAAAAUUCUUUCUGCGGAUCAACGAUGGCAAUAUCGCCUUCAAAACUUCGGACGUAAUUUUAAUCCAUAUUUAGUUAAUAAUAAUGUGUAAAUGUCAUGAAAGAGUAAAUGGAUUAACAAAAAAGAACUUGAAAUUUAAUGUAAAGUUUAGUGCAAUUGUUUCAGCACUAUUUGGAGUGCGAGAUUAUAUGGUAAUAAAUACAGUACAAUUUACUGUUAAAUUGUAGUAUGUAUGUAAGUAGCUUCUGUGAAUUACCUUAUAUCUACAUAUGAACUAUCUCGAUCAACAACAAUGAAGAACUUUGUGCAUGAGUACUUGUCCGUAUUUUAUCUUCACAGGAAUUGAUGAUAAUGUAAUGAUGAAUGAAUAAAUCAUUAAAUAACAUGUCAGUAUCCACAUUGUGACAAAAUGUGAACUAGUUAAGAUAUUAUUUAAAUUGUGUUCAGAGGUGAUGAUGGGGUGAAAAUGUAUAAAUAAUUAUGUACUUAAGAGGAACGGGUACGGCCACUUUUCCAUACAAACGUGGUCCCCAGUUUCCUCCCUGGAUAUAAUCAUUAUGGAAAAUAUUUGAACAUAAUUUAAUGUAUAUUAACCAUAUCUAACGGCAUACUAUGUUUGACUUUUUUCGAUUUUUUGAUUAUUGUAAAAUUAGGAGCGAAAAACAAUAUUCAUACAAUUUUUUAAAUGCUCCUAACUCAUUUAAUAAUCAAAAAACUCGAUUAUAAAUUUAAAAAAAAUUCAAACGUAAGGACAUAGGUAUGAUUGAUAUACAUCAAAUUGUUUCAGAAUAAUUUCAAUAAUGUUAAUCCAGAGAGGAAAACGAGGACUACGUUUGUAUGAAAAGGCGAUUUCGCGCGUGUCCUCCACUUUUGUCUGAACUACUCGCUACAAGUUGUUCAACUGGGAGUAGGUCAGGUAAUUUUCAAAAAUUGCCGUGUGCAUUUCUCAUCGCAACAAAUGUUGAGUAGGUAGAUAGAGUAAAACUAAAGUAUUCAUACUAUUCGACUGUUCGUUGCUGUCCCACUCCAAUUCGCACCUGACAAUAUGUUUCUUAUUCGUGUUUCAAUGAAACACGAAGAUUGCCGAAUAAGUUGAAUAUUCUGGUUUCACUGUAAUGCAACUCUCAGAAAAUAGUGACGGAUUCAUAAGUUGGACAGCAGCUGUAGGGAGUUAUUUUAUUAUUAAAUAAAAAAGUCAGAAACUGUGCGAGUUCGUAAAAAACACGUGUGUGGUUUUCUAGGUACGUCCCGGAACAGACUUAUUGGCAGUAACCAUUCUUUACUUGGCGGUUAUUUUAGUACCUACUUUUAAUUUUUCCACUCCACACCACUUUUUCCGAACAUGACUCGUGUGAUACUUAUGUUCUUGAAGUUGCGUGCUGGAUAUGUUUUUCUUUGAAUUAAUUUACACGAGGACUUAUCGAGCACUUCUAUCUACAACAGCUAAUUUAUUUUUCAAAAGGCAAAUAUACAUUUGUAGAAAAGCUUCUGGUAUAGGCAUUCGCAUAAUGAAAUUUACAUAAAAACUGAUUUUACUGAACUGGAAACCAUAAAAAAAGUGUUAUGAAAAGAGGUUUUACCACAAUAUAAAGCGAACAUCAUCUAAACGUAAUCUUAAAAUUCUAAUAUGGUUUAUUUUUCAAGCGUAAUGACUGAAUCAUAUACCUGAUUGAUUUGGUGGAUAAAUUGAUGAGAUGCGUACAAAUCAUUUCAAUUAUUUAGAUAUUCCGAUCAUAAAUCAACUUAUUUUGAAUUGAAAUGUAUGUAAUUUUAGUUUUAUAUGAACAUUUUUGAAAUGUCAAUCAAUAUAUUGCAAAAAUACUGCCAUUAUUACUUGCCAUGGUAUACGAGUCGUAUCUGUAGCCACAAUAAAAUUAACUACAACUGACAUCAAAUAAUAAACUCCCAAAUCAUAUAGGAAUUGAUUGUUAAUGUUCGUACCUACCUUGCCUUCAGACGUACGCCUAGAGUUGUUAUGAAGGUAAGGAUCAUGUUACAUUCAAUAAUUAUUGUUAUUUACACGUAGUAAUUUGUUAUUGUUAUGUUAUUUAAUGAAAUAGUUAUCCAUCAGACAAGGCAUGUAUGUAUUUUUUGUGUAUGUUUGCUAAAUAUGAUGCAAUUAUACGGACAUUUAAAAAAUGUAUUCGGUUUUAAUUUUAAAAAAAAAUGCAUUUGCUCAUAUUGAUCAUAAGCAUUCAGUGGAUUGUAAAAAGUUAAAACUGAUUUAUCAACAUUUGUUGUUCAGAUAUUUAUUUUAGUCACAAAUGUUAACUUUUAACAUGUAGUAUAUUUGUUAUAUUGUAAUUAUUUUUAGUACAACGUAAGUACAUUCCUUGUUAUUGUCCUAUUUAACGUAUACAUUUUGUUACAAUUUGGCAUUUUUAAAUGAAAUGCAUAAAGUAAAUAUGGUGUCGAAUAAUAAAGAAUUGAAGAAUAA